AUGAAAAUAUUUUCUUGUAAUUAUUUAUUAAUUAUUCAAUUAAUUUUAAUUUUAUUUUGUUAUCUAAUUAAUUCUGUAGAUGAUAAAGGAAAAGAAAAAUUACCGAAUGAAGAAAUUGAAAAUUUUGGGAAUAAUGGAGAAGAAGAACAUAGAAGUGUAUUAAAAAUUAAGAAAGAAAAAGAAAAAGAAAAAAUUGGAAGCUCAAAAAAUCAAGAAAAUGAAAAUAAAACACUCAAAAAUGUAAAUUUCGAUUCUAAAAUUAAAAUUAGAAAUUUUGAAGAAAAUGAUGAAGAAGGUUUAAUAAAUGAAAUUAACGUGGAUGAAAUGGGAGAAGAUAAUUAUAUUAGAGAGGAAAAUAGGAAAAAAUUAAUUAAUGAACAACGGACAAAUAAAAAUAAAUUAAUUAUUCCAAAAAAUAUGCAAGAAGGUAAAGUACGUACCGUAUAUGCUCGAAUAAUUACCCUGGGUAAUUUUAUUGUUUCGACCUCUCGCUGGAGGGGGUAA